AUGUCCGUUUAUUCUCAUGAUGAGGAUCACGACCCUCAUGCCGACGAGCUCCGAGAGACAGCUCUGGUCACCCUUGAGGCCCUAAUCAGCUCAUGCAACCAGCAGAUGCAGCCGUACCUGACCAACACCACCCGCGCGGCUCUUCGAUUCCUCAGAUAUGACCCCAAUGUUGCCGAAAUUGAAGACGAUGAAGAAAUGGGAGGAACACAAGAUGAUGGCAGUGAAGAUGAUGCGACUGAGGAUCCGGAUAUGGACGACGACGAGUUCGAGGACUUUGAAGAGGAGGGAGGUUACAGUGAUGUUGAUGACAUGAGCUGGAAGGUCCGUCGAUGCGCGGCCAAGCUGCUCUACAGCCUCAUUUCAAACUAUGGUCGCACUCGAGGGCUUGACGAUAAUACCCUGUACCAACAAGUCGCCCCCGCGCUCAUCUCUCGUAUUAGCAGAGAGCGGGAGGAGAGCGUGAAGCUCGAAGUGGUGUCUACCUUGACCGCGUUGGUCCGCAAGACAAAUGAGGACUCUAUCGUUUCAAUCUCUAGUGGAUAUUUGGAAGCCAUCGGAGGAACCAAGAAUUCUCGCAAGAGAAGACGCCAGGACAGUGAUGCUAGUAUGGUGGACUUUGAGCCAGGUGCAGGAACAUCUUCAGCAAUCGAAUCUCCUGUGAUGCCAUCGUCUCCGAAAGCUGGCCCCCAGGCCGAUCUCGCUCGCUGCGUGCCACUCAUUGUACAAAGUCUUGUCAAAGCGUGGAAGCAAGCUUCGAUGCCUCUGCGACAAGCAAUUAUCGUCCUUCUCAAGAGUCUGUCGUUGGUGCGCUAUGGAGGAUUGGCCGACCAUCUCCAGCAGAUUGAAGAUUUGAUCGCAGAUGCCCUUAACACCUCUUCGAUCUCAGGUAGCUCCACUGCACACUCUGGUGCUGCUGUUAGCGCCGGAACUCUUCAGAUUGAAACACUUGGCCUUGUCUCGGCCAUAGCAGAGACCCACUUAUCGGAUUCCCUUCUCCCAUUCCUGAUUGCCUUGGUUCCGGGUGUUCUGGGGGCUGUGAAUGAACGCAAUUACAAAGUUAGCAGCGAAGCCCUAGGUUCCGUAGAACAGAUAGUAAGGGCCUUGACACCACCUCGCGUCUCUGCCAACGGCCCAGAUGUCGCUAUGCAACUUGAAAAGCUUUACGAGGCUAUCCUUUCUCGCAUCACUGAUACCAGUGCCGACCUUGAGGUUCGCCAGCGGGCCAUCCAUGUAUUCGGUGUCAUUUUGGCACGUACAUCUGGCGAACGUGGCACUGAGUAUCUUUCGGCCGAGCGCAGAUCAAAGGGUCUUUCUAUUUUGGCCGACCGUGUGAAGAAUGAGACCACUCGCCUGGCAGCUGUACGUGCCAUCGAUGACGUGGUUGUCCUAGCUAGUCACAAGAACGAUGUGGCCAGUGAUUGGAUCAACACCGUCACCGUUGAAUUAGGUGCAAACCUACGUAAGGCGGAUCGUGCAUUGCGCAGUUCUUGUUUGGAAACACUUCGAAGCAUUGCUAUGAAUAGCAAUACCCGAUCCCAUAUCAGCCCUGAUACUAUGACCACCCUCGAAGUUGCGCUGCUUCCACUCUUGUCUGCUCCUGAUUUCCAUCUUCUCACCCCUAGUCUCAUUAUUAUUGCCAAACUUAUUCCGGGCAACUCGAAGACUCUUGUUAAUGAGAGCUUAAUCUCAUCUAUCUGUUCUAUUGUGAAACAGUCACUCGUGGGCACUGUGCUGAAAGCUCUUCUCCUCCUGGUAAAGGUUAUUGGCGACGAAGGUGCCGGCGCUCAGUUGAUGCAAGCUUUGCUCCAAAAUGUCGGUAUCACCGGCGACACUUCCGUUGUAGGUAGGGCCAUCGGUACCUUGCUGGUUCACGGCGGUUCAAACCUAGGUGUCACAAUGGAUGACUUUUCCACUGAGUUGCAGACUGCCAAGGAUGGUAGCCGUAAAUGCCUCGCGCUUGCAAUCCUCGGUGAAAUUGGAUUACGAAUGGGUACCGGAUGCUCUUUGACCCCAGAUAUCUUUAUCGCCCAUUUCAACUCGACAUCUGAUCAUGUCCGUUUGGCUGCUGCCACAGCCCUCGGAAAUGCGGCUGCUGGAAGUGCCAAAGCCUACCUGCCUAUCAUUGAGAAUGGCCUUGAAAGCUCUGAUUCUCAAAGCUACUUGCUCCUUCAUUCUGUUCGGGAAUUGCUUCAACAUUCUGAAGUGCGCGCUGAGCUAGCCCCGACUGCCCUUAAGCUCUGGCAAGCAUUGCUCCUGGUUUCACAAGAAGAAGACAACCGUGCUGUGGGUGCAGAAUGUAUUGGACGCCUCGCUCUUAUUGACCCUGUCGCAUACAUUCCUCAUUUCCAGGAAUACUUCAACAACAAAGAUCCUGUCAUCCGCGGAGUGGUUAUCUCCGCUUUCCGUUACACUUUAGCUGACUCUAGUGACGCCUUCAAUGAUGUCCUGCGACCGCUGAUGGUUCCUCUACUGACCGAUAUGCUCGCUGAUGAGGAUCUGGGCAAUCACCGGCUUGCAUUGACCACUCUCAAUUCUGCCAUUCAUAAUAAGAUGGUGUUGCUUCUCCCACACCUAGGUGAACUGCUCCCAUCUGUGUUUGGCGAUACCCAUAUCAAGCCCGAGCUUAUUCGGGAAGUACAAAUGGGUCCUUUCAAACAUAAAGUUGAUGACGGACUGGAUUUGCGCAAGAGCGCUUAUGAAACCCUUUAUGCUUCUUUGGACACCUCAUUCGCCCAAACUCAUCUUCCGGAGCUGUUCGAUCGUGUCAUUGCCGGAGUUGAGGACGAGCAGGACAUUCGCGCCGUUAGUAAUUUAAUGACGUCUAAGCUCAUUAUCUCUGCACCGGAGGAAACAGAACGUCGACUCGAUUCUCUUUCUGAGGGGUAUAUGACUGUACUGUCUUUCAAGCCCAAAGACAACGCCGUCAAGCAAGAGUUGGAGAAAGCCCAAGAGGCAACUCAGGGUAUUCUCAAGGUCACUAAGGAACUCAGCAAAUCAUUCCCUGGCGCCGAAACAUCUAACAAUUUGCACAAGUGGAGAGGCUAUAUGGACUGGGUACGGAAGAAUUUCACUUCGCAGUUUUCCAGUCUUGAUGCGGAUUCGUAA